GAUGCUCCAUCAAUUUUAAUACAAAUACGCGGAGCAGCUUAUUCUUCUGCUAUUCUUGUGAAGUCAUCAGCUGGUGGGUAGGCCUAGUGUGCGGGCCCUAAAAACGUAGGCCUGGUCUUUUUUGGUGCUGGGCAGAAAGUUUGGAAGGUAAACAAGCAUGGCCUUUUUGAAUACUGUGAUGCAUUGAUGAAGGAUGGGAAGUUAAUUUUAUCAAAUUUUUACACCACGGUAUACAAGAUGUGUCUGUACUCAACCCGGCACCUGCAGCAGCUGUUUGUUCUGUUGAUGUUCCUAUCUUCGUUCUCAUUCUUAAUGAUGUUUAGCUACCUACAGUUUGACCUGGGCAGUAAGAUACCAUUCAUGAUGCGCUAUUCCAACAACAAAAUAUGGCAGUUAGGCGAUACGCUGAGGAAUACAUUUAAUAACUGUCCUCUUUUAGGUGUUUUGCAGGAAAAAUGUGAAAUACAUACUGCUGAUGGUAAUUCAACCAUUAAAGUGAAUCCUGUAUUUGAUAGCUAUAUCAAACAUAGCUUAGAUAUUAAGAGGGCGUGGGAAUCCCCAUCUAAAGUUGUAUAUACACAGUCUGAUUACCAGUCUCCAUCCUUUACACUAUUUAAAGCAAGAAUACCAGCUUUAGUUUAUCAUCAAGGAAUUUUUUUAGUUUUCUGCGAGGCUAGAUUAGAAGGUAGCCAAGAUUAUGGUCGGAUGAAAAUUGUUGUUAAACGAGGAAUUCGGCAUGGUUUAGAGGUGGAUUGGGAAAAGCAACAGGUCAUUGCUUCAUUGCCUUAUGUCAGGACGAUGAACCCCAGUCCUGUGGUAGACAGAAAGCGUGAUGUAAUUCUUGUUGUGUUUAGUACAUUCCCAACUGAUAUGGACUUUCAACAGAUGUUGGAAUUUCAGGGAAAACCUCUUUCUGAUGUAUAUGUAGUUAAGAGUUACGACUUAGGUGUGUCAUGGACUGAACCUGUUUCUAUAACGCACAGCACUAUAGCUAAACUGGAGCCAUUCCCAACAUUAUUUGUUCCAGGACCUGGUCAUUCUAUCCAGUUAAGCUGUGGUCGUAUUAUAGUAGCUGGCAAUUACUUUCAUGUGGAUAAAUAUAGUAGGGAAUAUCCCCAUCUUUGUUCUAACUGUACAAAUUACUGCAAUAUAUUCUACAGUGAUGAUGGCGGUGUUUCGUGGCAUGUUGGGGGUUCAACACCGUACACUGAGGACUUGCAAAAAAUUCCAAUCCAACCCAAUGAAGUCCAGGCAGUGGAAUUGAAUAAUGGGGUUGUAUGUCUAAAUAGUCGCACCAUUGAUGCUGACCACCCAAGAUCCCAAUCUUAUAGCUUUGACGGAGGAGUUACACUCACCAAACCUCUACUGACAUCUGUAUUUGAACCUGGCUAUAAGAAAAGAAACAAUAUAUGGCAACGAGCAUCAGCAGGAGGAUGUGCAGCUGGUCUUGUCCGCUUUCCAGAACCAAACUUCAAUCCAGCAAAUCCUAAAUACUGGAUGAUACUCUCAAAUCCAGCUGACAAAAUGACCAGGAAACACCUGUCAGUCCGCCUCAGCCAAGAUGACUGUUCAACCUGGUCAGAACCGUGGGUGUUCCAUGAGGAGCUGGCUGGAUACUCGGACAUUACUAUGUUUGAGGAGACUAUUAACAACCGGAAAUAUACAUUCUUUGCUGUAUUGUUUGAAGGUGGAACAAGGAGCUAUCAGGAACAUAUAUUAUUUAAGAUGUUUAAUUUGGAAGCUGUCAUUAAAGGUAUAAAUGAAAAAAAAAAUCAUUAGCUGAGUAUUUAUCUUGUAUGAUUUCAGACUUUUAGUGUUAAUAUAUAAUUAUUUUAUUUCAUUAAUGAUAAAUUAUUUUUAAAACCUUAUAGUCAUUUUUUAGAGCCAUGUUUUAAUUUAAGGUUUAAAUGUGUUGUAUAUUAGUAUCCCAUUGUCCACAAUUUUGAUAAUGUCUCAAGCCCUGUCCAGACUAUGUUUAAUUUGGAAGCUGUCAUUAAAGGUAUAAAUGAAAAAAAAAUCAUUAGCUGAGUAUUUAUCUUGUAUGAUUUCAGACUUUUAGUGUUAAUAUAUAAUUAUUUUAUUUCAUUAAUGAUAAAUUAUUUUUAAAACCUUAUAGUCAAUUUUUAGAGCCAUGUUUUAAUUUAAGGUUUAAAUGUGUUGUAUAUUAGUAUCCCAUUGUCCACAAUGUUGAUAAUGUCUCAAGCCCUGUCCAGACUAUGUUUAAUUUGGAAGCUGUCAGUCUCAAGCCCUGUCCAGACUGUCAACUUUUUGUUGACAUGUGAAAUACCUAAAUAUGGUCAUGGUGAUAUAACAUCAUGACCAUAUAUAGGCACAUAUUGGCUAUAUAUGGUCAUUCUGGACAAGCUUCACAAAUUGUUGUUUCAACGUUACUGGACCAUAACCGAUCAUCAUCUAUUUAAACACUUUGAUGUCAAGAAACUGUGAAAUAGGCUCAUCAGCUGUACUACUGCCUUAACAUUGGUGCUAGUUACAGCCGCUCCUUGACCACUACUUGGUUCCUCUGGAACCAAGUACUUAAAAUGUGUGCACUUUAAGGAACCUAUUGCAUAUUCCGGAAGAGUAGGGGGUUAAACCCCCUCCCCCGAUGCUAUGGUUCAUUUCAGCUCCUGCCGUGGAAUGAUGUGAACAUGUAGCUACUAAAAGUGCCUCUUUACGAGCGCUAGGUAGUCACGGACCAUGCCCUUACGUAAUUCAGCACAAAGAAGCGGCCAGUUAUGGAUUAUUUUCCUACCUUUACCUUUAACAAAAUGCUCACCAUAUUAUCAUAAGUUAAGUUUUGACUACUUUUACAAUUUUAAGUAAAAUACUGAAAUUAAAAUGCUGAUUUUUGAAAAAAAUAUUAAUGUGUAAAGACGUAUUUACAUUUUCUUACAAAUUGAAAUUAUCUUUAUUAAAAUUUUAUUUUUAAAAUUAUAUAUUAUAUACACAGAUUUAUUCAUUGCUAUCUAUUGCUGUAAUAUUGUUUUUUUUUAAAUUAUUAUUUUUUGACUAUAGAUUAUAAUGUGCCUUUGAAUUUUUUAAAUUCUGUGUUAGUUUAUGGUAGUUGUAUUAGAUACCAGGACCAUUCUAAAAACAGUAUAUAAAUGCCCUGUAUGUAUAUUACUGAAAUAUUAUCCUGGCUAAAUAAGUUAUACAUAAAUAAAAUUUAAAACCACUUGGUGGUGUGUUAUGUUGAUUUUAUAACAUUAUUAAAAACAUUUUGUGGACCGCAUUAAGAUUAUAAUCUUCCACCUCAAUUAAGUUAUAAGCAUCUUAGUCACUAAAAAGCAAUAUAAAACAUUUGAAUUACUUUGAUAUAAUGCGAUUAUGUUGUGGUUAAAUAAUCAUCUUUAUGUUUUAUAUAUAUAUUUUUAGAAUUAUUUUCAUGUUUUUCUAUAGUGAAAUAUUGUGAAGUGAACAUUGUUGAUGUGAUUAAUUAGUUAUAUUUGAUACUUUUAUAAUUAAUAAGUGGCAGAUGAAUUUGGGAGGGGGAAAAUAUGAAGGAUAAGAGCAUUUGAGAAUGAAAAGUUGGGGAUUAGAUAAAAGUGAGGAGGUAUAGAGUAUCAUGGAAGGAGUAGAUGUAUUGGAAAUGAAUGGGAAGGGGACUAGUAUAAAGGGGAGUAAAUAGAGUGGGGGAGUGGAAGAUAGUGGGAUGGGAAUAUAUAGAAAAGGGAACAGUAUUGGAGUGUUGGGUAGUGCAUUAGGUGAGGAAUAUUAUGUGGAAUGAAAGUUUUAUGGAGGUCAAUAACACUUGGAUAGAUCAAAUUGAAUUUUUUAAAUUGUCUUUGAAAGAGGCUACAACCUCUUUCAACUGCUAUGUAUGCUUUCUAUGUAUUACAGAUGAAAUGUUAAAUUAUAAAUGAGAUAUAAAUAAUUAUGAUGUAGUUAUUAAGUGAUAAAAUAUGACAUAACUUUGGAUAUCAUUGUUCAUGAUUCAUCAAAUUAUAUUAAAAUGAUUACAUUUGCAA